AUGGACUUCGGCGUAUUCGAUCAUCUGGACCGCGGCGAUCUGCCGUUGAAGGACUACUACGAGGCGCGUCUGACGCUGAUCGAGGCGUACGAGCGGGAGGGGUUCUACGCCUACCACGUGGCCGAGCACCACUCGACGCCGCUGGGCAUGGCCCCCUCCCCCAGCGUGUUCCUGGCGGCCGUCGCCCAGCGCACCCGGCGGCUUCGUUUCGGACCGUUGGUCUACGCCCUUCCGCUCUACCACCCGCUACGGCUCAUCGAAGAGAUCUGCAUGCUCGAUCAGAUGAGCGGCGGGCGGCUGGAGAUCGGCUUCGGCCGCGGCUCCUCCCCCAUCGAGCUUGCGGUGUACGGGCAGAACCCCGCCGAGGCGCAACGCAUCUACGCGGAAGGCCUCGACCUCAUCCUGCAGGGACUGACCCGAAAGACCCUCGACUUCGCGGGCGAAUUCUUCAACUUCAAGGACGUGCCCAUGGAGCUGGAGCCGCUGCAGAAGCCCCACCCCCCGCUCUGGUACGGCGUUCACUCGCCGGAAAGCGCCGAGCGGGCCGCCCGCCGUGCGCUCAACAUCGUGAGCCUGGAUCCGGCGGUUCCCACGCGGAGCUUCACCGAUCGUUUCCGGGAGGUCUGGAGGGAGGUUCACGGGGACGGUGACGCGGCCCUGCCCAAGAUCGGCCUUGGCCGCUUCGUGGUGGUGGCCGACGAUGACAAAGCGGCGCUUCGCAUCGCCCGGCGCGCCUACCCCGUCUGGCACCGGAGCUUUCAACCACCUGGGAUCGCCGGCAGUCCGGACACGGUCCGGACGUUCCUGCGGUCACAGCUCGAUACGGCCGGCGCCAACUAUCUCAUCGGGCAGUUCGCCUUCGGCGACAUCGCCCUCGACGAGGCCCUUCGUUCCGUGGAUCUCUUUUCCGAACAGGUGGUGCCGGGUUUGGGCUAA